AUGGAAGCAACAUAUGCAAUAUCUGCAUUCAUAGUUCUGUUGAUAACGCUUGCUUGGGCAUGGAGCAUAUUGAAUUGGAUAUGGUUGAAACCAAAGAAGCUAGAAAAGUUGCUAAGGGAACAAGGCCUUAAAGUUAAGAUGCAAAAAGAAGCAGCAUCUAAACCCAUGAAUCUCUCUGAUGAUAUAGUGCCUCAUGUGUUUCCCUUUGCCAAACAAAGUGUUGCAAAACAUGGUAUUCUGGUUUUGAUCUAUUUUUACUUUAGUCUCUAA